UUUCAUCAGUCCUAAUAAGCUGUUUCAAGCCAAAAUGAAGAUUGUCAUUCUUGCCGCCCUUUUCGCCUGCGCUAUGGCUAUGCCAAAACGCAUGAUUAUGCCCCGCCUUCCGGCUUCGGUCAUCAUGAAGGGAAAAUACCAACUCAUUCCCGAGGACAGGAUCGUCGGAGGAGUCAUUGUGGAGCCCAACUCACUCCCCUUCCAGGUUUCUCUGCAACGUCGUGGAUCUACCGGCACCUUUUCCCAGUCGUGCGGUGGUUCCAUCCUCGAUGAAAACGUCAUCCUCGAUGCUGCCCAUUGCGUCCGCGGAAUCACUGAUCUGACCAUUUUCCGUGUCGUCGCCGGUGAACACAGUCUUAGGAACGUCAGCGGUCUCGAACAGAACCGUGGCGUUACUCGCUUCGUUAUGCACGAGAACUUCAGACCUUCGACUUUCGAAAAUGACAUCUGUCUGCUCUUCUUGGAUGCCCCAUUGGACUUGAGCGUACCCGAGGCCAAGCCCGUCCUUCUGCCACCCCCUACUUCCGAAUUGGACCCUCCCGCAGGAACCAUCGUUACAGUUUCUGGAUGGGGAACCACUAGCUCUGGUGGUGCAGUCUCCGACGAACUACGCAGCGUCGAUGUUCCAAUUGUCGACGAUGAUACUUGCAACCGCGCCUAUGGUGGUACCGCUGCCAACCCCGAGGUUUUCCCAUCCAUGUUGUGCGCCGGAGAUACCUCCAACGGUGGAAUCGACUCUUGCCAAGGAGAUUCUGGCGGCCCCCUCUUCACCGGCACUGGUGCCAGUGCCGUCCAACACGGAAUUGUCGCCUUUGGUCAGGGUUGCGCUCUGGCUGCCUACCCUGGGGUCUUCACUCAGGUGUCUUACUUCUUGGACUGGAUCGCUACCAACCGACUUUAAACUGAAUUGAUGAACCGAUAUUUGCAAAUCUAUCUUUACCUUUCAAGCAUUCCCACUGCGUUGGAUCCAAUUUAAUGUUUAAUGACAUCUUGUCCAGAAUGUACACUUUUACCAACCAUGUAGCAUGUACCAAAGACAAAUAAAUUUAUGGACACGCAAAA